AUGAAACUAUCGAUAGAAGAACACUUAAGUCUUUUAAUUCUUCUAACAUCAGAACUAUAUAACGAAUAUUCGACAUUAAUUAACGCAGUCCUCUUAGCUAAAACAAAUCUUUUACAUCCUACUAUAAUCACACCUGAACAAUACGUUACUGAAUUAUCUAAAACCCUUUCUUUCUUACCAACUCAUUCCACUUAUCCAGUUCCCAUUGAAUUAACAAAUGUUCAUGAAUUAUUAUCGUUAAUUGAACUAAAGGUAUUCUUCACAGGAAGUAGGCUAGUAUUUGUCAUAUCUAACCCUCUGGUUAAUCAAAAUUAUUUCAACUUAUACCAUUUGGUACCUUUGUUAGUUAAACUACAUAAUUCUAGUCACAUCUUCAUUUACCCUAGUGUCAAAUACCUUGCAGUAUCAGAAAACAAAAUUAAUUAUGCGUUACCUGAAAACUUAAAUGAUUGUAAAAGGUUAAGUAACCAAAAUUACAUAUGUCCUUCAGACCAAGCUAUUUACUCUGUAUACGCUAGACCUAUCUGUGAGACAGAGUUAUUACAAAAAUUAGAUAAAUUACCGAAAGAUUGCGAUACUAGAGUCACUUCAUUACAUUCAGAAAUAUGGCACAAAUUACAUGAAUCCAACAAAUGGCUAUAUAUUUUACCAAGAACGACCGAUAUUACCUUAACUUGUAAGAAUCAUUUACCGACAACUAUUUAUCUUUCUAAUUCAGGUAUAAUUUCGUUAAGUAAACAAUGUAAAUUAUAUACUAGUAAUACUAUUUUAAUAGCCAAUAACCCCUCAUACUUUAGCGAAUAUCAAUCUUUUAUUCCUGAAUUUGAUCUUCAAGAGUCAGAUUGUUGUUCAAAAGAAAAACUUAAUAAAUCAGAAAACAUCAAAAUUUUACCUUUUCAAUCGAAUAAACUAGAUAGAGAAAGUCUUAACGUAGCAAGCCUCAAACUUGAUCAAAUAAGCAAAACUACAGAUGACUUACUUUCUCAAGAACCUUUUUAUAAAUCAUUAACAUCUAAUGGAUACUUCUUAUAUUCUAUGUUUGCAAUUGUCAAAUUACUUUUUGUAUAUUUAGUUUUUAAGUUGUUAUUUAGAUUAAGACGUAGAUGUAAAAAGAAUUGUAAAGAUAAUCAUGAUUAUUCCAAAUGUACUAAUUUUACGAAUUGUUUAACUUUAAACUUAUAUAAGAAGAAAAACGAAACAAAAACAAUAUCUAUUGAACUUGAUGAAACAAACAUUGAUCAUUCAGUAAGUGACGUAGAAAUACCUUUACGUAGAAGUGCAAGGAUUGCUAAACUGAAAGAUGCACCUUGAUCUUCCAGUUUCUUAAGGGGGGAGGUGUAAUGUACCUACCCAUAACAAUUAUAACACUCUGUAUAUAUAACUUUAAUAAUCUAUCAA